UUGGUGGCUGUAAUUAAAAUUGUCCGAAGGGGCGUGAACUCAUCACCUCACCCGUCUCCGAAAAAAAACCCUGUCGAGUCUCCAGCCUUGUGAUUGGGUCCCGCUCUGCAGGCCAGUGUGGCACGCAUUAAAGACGCGCGCAUGCACGCGCGCGCGCGCACGCACUACAAAGAAGCACCAAAGGCUGAGCUCCGCCCACGCCGCGUCAUCGACGACCUUUCGCAGGUGUCACAUCCCGUACUUUCCACACACACUCACACACACACACACACUCACGAACACACACACACACUCACACUCCUGCGCCCUGUCACUUCCCGGAUCCAGAGUGUCCGAGCUGCUGUGGAAAGUUUUCAGAAGUUGGCUGUUGGAGGAGAGAAGAGGGAAGGAGGGAGGGAGGGAAGGAAGUGAGGACACAAGGGGGCCAGCUCGGUGAGCUCCACCGCUGCGCUCUCGCUCCACUCGGCACCGGGCAGCGGGCUGGUUGGUUGGUUGGUUGCGCGCCGCUGCGCUCUCGCUCCACUCGGCUCCGGGUCGGUUGGUCGUGCGCCCUUGGCCGCUGCGCUGCGGGGAUGUCGGCCGUGAAGGCGCUGCAGCAGUGGUGCCGGCUCCGGUGCGACGGCUACCGGGACGUGGCCAUCACCAACAUGACCACGUCGUUCCGGGACGGACUGGUGUUCUGCGCCCUCAUCCACACGCACCGGCCGGACCUCAUCGACUUCGAUUCGCUGAAGAAGGAGAACGUCUACGAGAACAACAAACUGGCGUUCAGGGUCGCGGAUGAGGAGUUGGGAAUUCCAGCUCUGUUGGACGCAGAGGACAUGGUGGCCAUGAAGGUCCCCGACCGCCUCAGCAUCCUGACGUACGUCUCGCAGUACUACAACUACUUCCACGGACGCUCCCCGAUCGGCGGUAUGGGAGGUAUAAAGCGUCCGGCGGAGGGCGCCAUCGCGGAUCAACCGUCUGGGAAGAAGAACCAGCCGGUGGUGGCCAGGGUGUUCCCCUCUUCUAAGCCCGCCAGAGAGAACAGCCCCCCCCCCUCCUCCAACCUCACAAGAGCCUCUCCUUCCCCAAAACCAGCCAGAAAAGCCACAAAGGACGUCCAGAUGGAGAGAGCGCACCACCCGACCGGGACCCUGAGUAACAAGUGUGUGUCCUGCGACAAGCACGUUCACUUGGUACAGCGACACCUGCUGGACGGGAAGCUCUAUCACAGGAGCUGUGCAAAGUUGUUAUCACCUACACACUCGACCGCACCUCUCAGAAGUUUACCCACAAACACUGCGUUGUCCAAAUUCACUCCUCUACCAGACGCGCCUAAAACCAGCACAACCGCCCCCGCCCCCGCCCAGACCCCCUCCAGACCGGGCCCAUCGUGGCUGAAGGAGAAACCCAGCAGCCCUCCCAGCUUCUCCUCCACUUUCUCCACUCCGCCUCCUCCUUCCCGGCCUCCUUCAGGCGUCUCCUCUGCUGCUAAGGAAAGUCCGAAACCUUCUGAGGAAAGAUGGAAACCUCCUGAGGAAAGUCCGAAACCUUCUGGGGAAAGAUGGAAACCUCCUGAGGAAAGUCCGAAACCUUCUGGGGAAAGAUGGAAACCUUCUGAGGAAAGAUGGAAACCUUCUGAGGGAAGUCCGAAACCUUCUGAGGAAAGAUGGAAACCUCCUGAGGAAAGUCCGAAACCUUCUGGGGAAAGAUGGAAACCUUCUGAGGAAAGAUGGAAACCUUCUGAGGAAAGUCCGAAACCUUCUGAAGAAAGUCUGAAACCUUCUGAGAAAAGAUGGAAACCUUCAGAGGAAGGAUCAAAUCCUUCUAAGGAAAGUCCAAAACCUUCUGAAGAAAGUCCGAAACCUUCUAAGGAAAGAUGGAAACCUUUUAAGGAAAGAUGGAAACCUUCUAAGGAAAGUCCGAAACCUUCUGAAGAAAGUCAUAAACCUUCUAAGGAAAGUCCGAAACCUUCUGAGGAAAGUCCGAAACCUUCUAAGGAAAGAUGGAAACCUAAGGAAAGUCCAAAACCUUCUGAGGAAAGAUGGAAACCUUCUAAGGAAAGUCCGAAACCUUCUGAAGAAAGUCAUAAACCUUCUAAGGAAAGUCCGAAACCUUCUGAGGAAAGUCCAAAACCUUCUGAGGAAAGAUGGAAACCUAAGGAAAGUCCAAAACCUUCUGAGGAAAGAUGGAAACCUAAGGAAAGUCCAAAACCUUCUGAGGAAAGAUGGAAACCUUCUAAGGAAAGUCCAAAACCUUCUGAAGAAAGUCUGAAACCAUCUAAGGAAAGUCUGAAACCUUCUGAGGAAAGUCUGAAACCAUCUAAGGAAAGUCAGAAACCUUCUGAGGAAAGUCUGAAACCUUCUAAGGAAAUAUGGAAACCUUUUAAGGAAAUAUGGAAACCAUCUAAGGAAAGUCAUAAACCUUCUGAAGAAAGUCUGAAACCUGAGGAAAGUCUGAAACCUUCUAAGGAAAGUCUGAAACCUUCUAAGGAAAGUCAUAAACCUUCUGAGGAAAGUCUGAAACCUUUUAAGGAAAGUCCGAAACCUUCUAAGGAAAGUCCGAAACCUUCUAAGGAAAGUCAUAAACCUUCUGAAGAAAGUCUGAAACCUUCUAAGGAAAGUCUGAAACCUUUUAAGGAAAUAUGGAAACCAUCUAAGGAAAGUCCAAAACCUUUUGAGGAAAGUCCGAAACCUUCUAAGGAAAGUCUGAAACCUUCUAAGGAAAGUCCAAAACCUUCUGAGGAAAGUCUGAAACCUUCUAAGGAAAGUCAUAAACCUUCUGAGGAAAGUCUGAAACCUGAGGAAAGUCUGAAACCUUCUAAGGAAAGUCUGAAACCUUCUAAGGAAAGUCCGAAACCUUCUAAGGAAAGUCAUAAACCUUAUAAGGAAAGUCCGAAACCUUCUAAGGAAAGUCAUAAACCUUCUGAGGAUAGUCUGAAACCUUUUAAGGAAAGUCAUAAACCUUCUGAGGAAAGUCUGAAACCUUCCGUGUCCAAACCCACGUGUGAACCCACCUUCGCGACGACCACCUCCGUCAGCACCAGGCCCACUCCCGCCCCUCGCACCUCGACCACGGCGGCCAAGACGGUGCAGUCCAAGCUCAAGUUCUUCCAGUUGGACGCAGGCAACACAGGCAACGAGGAGAAAAAGACCACGACCAUCAACGUGGAGGUCAACAAGGGGCCGCACGCGAGCGGUAAGGUGCAGGAGGCCGCGGCGGCUCAGGCGGUGACCGUGGUCGUGAAUUUUGGCGGCGCGGGCAAAAAGGAAGCGACUCCGGACUUGGACAGAGUCGGGCACAGAGCUGGAGCGGCCGUGAAGGAUGAAAAGGCGAGUUUGAAACCUGAAGAAGGUGAAAGCGACAAGACGAAGACGGCGGCGGCGACUUUCAUCUCCAAGAAACUGGCUGAGGAGAACAGCAGCAGCAGCAGCAGCAGUAAACCACCGUUGGUGACGGUAAAGAAAACUGACAAACCCCCUCAGGUGGAGACCCCUAAGAGGGAGACGCCGGGCACCAGGGGGAGGGUGAAGCUGAGAGCCGACCCGUCGCUGCUCGCCGACCUGCAGCCUCCGGACGAGCCCCCGGCCGCCGCCCCGAGCCCGGCCGGCAGGAGCGGGCCGGGAGCCAGGACUCCGGACGGAGGGGGCCCGGCCCCCAGCACCUCAGCAUCAGACAAAGAGGCUCCGGCCGACUGGAGGUCGCGGCUCAAACCCGUCGCCAAGGAAACAGCACCUGCUGGUCCUCCACAGGCGGCUAAACCGGGGGCGAACGCGCCCUCUGAUGUUUCCACCACGAGCACCGCCGCUGUCGCUCCAACGCCGUCGAAGGGAUUCCAGAAUGGUUGGAGAAGACAACCUGCAAACGGCACCACGUCGGAGGCGAAGACCUCCAAGGUGAAGCCAGACUACAUUCCCAAAGAGGACAUCAUGAAGGAGCUUCAGGACAUUGAAGACAAUUUGAACGAGUUGGAGAAGAGAGGAGUGGAGCUGGAGAUGGGGCUCCGCCGCAGCGAGGAUGAGGCUGAAGAUGACCCUCUCAUGGAUAAGCUCAUGGUCGAGUGGCUCAACUUGAUCAGGAACAAGCAGGUGGCCAUUCGCCGGGAGUCUGAACUGGUUUACAUAGGGAGAACCCAGGACCUGGAGGAGCAGCAGCCCAGCGUGGAGCUGGAGCUCCGGAGGCUGAUGGAAAAACCAGAACAUCUGAAAUCCGCCUGGGAGCGAAAGAGGGAAGAGGAGCUGAUGCACAAGCUGGUGGAGAUCGUCAACGACCGGAACGCGAUCGUAGACGGCCUGGACGAGGACAGACUCAGGGAGGAAGAGGAGGACGAGCAGCUGAACAAGAUGAUGAUGGAUUUCAACAUAAAGAAGGAGAAACCAAAGAAAAAGUCUCUAUUCACCUGGGGGAACAAGAAGAAGGAGGGAUGACGCCCUCCUCCAGACGGGGGCCGCCUUUCGAUUGUCUCCGCUGCUCUCGUCGUGGUCUCGGCGAUUCGCGGCACACAGCGGAGAACUGGAUCGUCUGUCGGUCUGUCAAAAAAAAAAAAGAGAAUUGCCCCUUCCCCUUCUGUCGACUGCAUCAGUCAAGAUCUGACGCUGCCACGCGGAUGACGUUGAGGGGGUGAACGACUCACCAGCAGGGAUGUGAUUUGGGUUCAGUGCUCCGCUUGUUAGUUUUUUAAUCCCCCUUCUAGUCGUAAUCUGUCGACUUAAUGCUCACACACACACACACACACACACACACACACACACACACACACACCCCCUUGUGUGCCUGAACGUCUCCUCACUUGUUCUUGUCAUUGAAAUGUUUUUGCUUGUUCACAGUAACACUGAUGCCAAUAGGGAACGAGACUCGUGGCGGAGGUCACACGGCGGUAUCUCCAACUUCAGGGCCGCCGUCUGACCCGGUUGUUAUUGUACCACAAGUUAUUAAUAAGCACAACUUUUCCGUGUACGUUUCUGUACAGGACAAAUUCGACGCCCCGACAUGACAAGUCAAGCGUCGAGCACGAGUUCCUCUUCAACUGAAAUCGCUUUAGGGGUUCGAUACCUGGUGGUUGAGGUUGUGACAUGGUUGAACGGGGGGGGGGGUUGCCUCUGAAAGUAUUCAAAUACAAGAGUGUCAGGAGGAAUUAUCAUUCUGUGGUUGCUGCGUUUAAACGUACCUGUGAUGAGCAGCCACUAGUUGGCAGAGAUUUAUUUUAAAGGGAUCCUAGGACGCGUGAUAUGCGUGUAGAAGUUCAGUCUUCACCUUUGGGAACAAUAGAUAUUUUUUUAAAUUCCAAGCCCGGAGGUACUUAAUAAUCAUUCAGAGCUUUUACCCUUUUUGUUUCACAGUCUUCCUCCCUCAGAUAUAAAAUGGAGAUAUAUAAAAAAAAUUCCAAUAAAGUGGAGUAAAAUUGAAAAAAUUGAUUAUAAGCUCUGAAUCGUCGUUAAGUGCACAUUUGAGCCUUUGAUUCUCCUUUCACACGCGUUUUUAAAAUGAUCUCAUGCACGCUUAAACAUAUUGCACUUAAGCAUAUUACAAUUUUACCCAGUUGAUACUGAAACGCAUUUGCGAGAAAGUCACUGGAAAUCAGCCUCUGGACUUUUUCUGUACAGUCGCGUUUGUACGUGUACGUUUGAGUUUUUGAUUUUAUGGUCGGUGGGAUAAAAAGAAAUCAUAAAAUCAAGUUUGUGUUACAUGAUUCAGUUUUAACCUAAUGGACUGUAUGUGUCUUGUGACAACUGAUCCAUAUUGGAUCUGUAUUUGUACAUGCAUUGCUUCUUUCUUAGCUUAAUUAACUGGUUUAAUGUUUCUAUUAUGUUUUUAUUUUUGCAGCGGCACUCAAGUUUUUUUCUGUGUGCGCGCGUCGGGACCGAACGGCUCACGUUUAACUGAACUCAUUGGUAGUAGAUGAAAUUUAAUAUUGUAUAUGUUAAUGACCUCUUUACGUUUUCUGUUUCUCAGGUGUCAAUAUUGUAUAAAAAGUUGGGACUCACGAUAGUCCUGAUUAUUAAUAAAUGGAGACAACUGACCUGGAUUUUUACAUAAA